GACACAGCUCUAGAGAACUUCUGCCCUACAUGCGGAUUAUCUGUGACAUCCUCCCAGAUGUUGGGACAUCAGGACGCACUGCUCGUCAUUUACGCACAAGCUCUUUUCUCUCUUAUAUGUUGUUUACAGUUAAGAGGUUUUUUUUUAUGGCUGCAAAACGGAAAAGUUUGAACAGCGGGGAAUGGAUAUUUGCGUCCACAAUUUGGUAUCGGCAUAUUACAACCUGAUUUAACAGAAGAACAUGAAGAAGGAAGGAGGGCUUCUGUUUCAGACUAAUAAUGACAUUUAUUUCACCGGAUGGCACGGCUAAAGUGACGUCCAUCAAGAUAAGAGGGCACCUUAAAUGUCAGACAUCUCAAAGGGUGACAUAAAAUAUGACAAAAAGUGACUAAAAGUUAUGGAGCGCUCCGGUCAAGUCGAGCCAACUCAGCCGUUGAACACCACUAACGACAGUUUCAUUACAGAUUCACCCACUGUGGAUGUCAGCGCAGAGAGUCUCGCCUAUCAAAUCAGUCUGGCGGCGAUUCUCUCCCUGAUCACACUCGCCACCACUCUAUCCAACGCGUUCGUCAUCGCAACAAUCUCCCAGUCGAAGAAACUGCAAACUCCUGCGAACUUUCUGAUCGCCUCACUGGCCGUCACCGACCUGCUGGUGUCCAUUCUGGUGAUGCCCAUUUGCGUCCUGUACACGGUCAUCCACAUCUGGACGCUGGGGCAAAUCGUUUGCGACAUCUGGCUCUCCUCGGACAUCACGUGUUGCACGGCGUCUAUCCUCCACCUGUGCGUAAUCGCUUUGGAUAGGUACUGGGCCAUUACUGACGCGGUGGAGUACUCCAAAAAGCGCACGCCAGGGCGCGCGGCCGGGAUGGUGGCCACAGCCUGGGUGAUCGCCAUCUCCAUCUCUCUGCCGCCUCUCUUCUGGAGGCAGGUGAAGGCGGAGGAGCUGACCAGCUGCAGCGUCAACACGGAUCAUAUUUUCUACACCAUCUACUCCACCUUUGGGGCUUUCUACAUCCCCACCUUGCUGCUUAUUGUCCUCUAUGGACGGAUAUACGUAGAGGCUCGGAAACGGAUCCUGAAGCAGUCUCCCAAGAAGGUGGGGAAGAGACUCACCUCGGCGCACCUGGUCACCAACUCCCCUGGAUCAGUGGCGUCCACAACCUCUCUGCAGUGCGGGAGACACGACACCCAGUCUAGCGACACCGGGUCUUCAACAAGCGAGAACCAGGUGAAAGUAACCGUGUCCGACGCACUUUUGGAGAAAAAGCGUAUUUCUGCAGCCAGAGAGAGAAAAGCGACAAAGACUUUGGGGAUAAUCCUCGGCGCUUAUAUUGUCUGCUGGCUGCCGUAUUUCAUUUACACACUGGUGGUGGCCACGUGUGACACAUGUUUUAGCCCCGAGUUGUUUGACUUUUUCAACUGGUUGGGAUAUCUGAACUCCCUAAUCAACCCGAUCAUAUACACCAUGUCCAACGAGGACUUCAAGAAAGCUUUCCAUAAACUUGUGCGCUUCCGAUGCUGCAGGUCGUGAACGAAUGUUCCUUCCCUCACCAGUGAUAUUUAUGUAUGUAUUUAUUUUGGGAUUUCAAGUUAUAAAAAUGUACGAGGAUAUAGAAUAAUAGGAAUGGCAUAAAUAACACACAUUCUGGGACUUGUAGACAUUAUAUGUGGUGCAUGCAAAAGAAAAUAACAUCCAUCCAAAGUCAUUCGGUCCAGAUUGCCAGUUGUGGAGUGAAAUUGUUCAACAUCAUUUCCACCAAUUUAAAGUUCUGACCACUGCUGCAAAAUUAAUUUUAAAGCUUGUUUUAAUUUAAAAAAAGAUUUAAUAUUGGAUAUAAAGCAAAAUUACUUGUGAAGAUAGUGGACAAAACCAACUUACUAUCACCACAUAAAAUCUUAAACUUGUCAUGUAAGCCUCUUGAUGGGCAAAUGAUUUGUUGUAGGAGAUAUUCAGUGAUAGGUUGUUACUAUUCUGUAUGGAUUCCUCUUUGGAUCGUUUGUCAGUGCCAGUAAACAGCAGAGAUCAUAAACAUCUGACAUUAUAAGUCAAACAUAUUUCAUCUGGCUACCCAGGAGCCUUUUGCAUCAUGUGUACAAAUAUUGUAUUUUUAUUUCUAAAACUCAGAGAUUACAAUAUGUCUGUAUAUUCUGAGAAAUGAUAACAGUGGUAUAUGUUUUAUUAUGUCCAUGGACUGCUUGUUGCUACAAUGUGUGGUGAUCUUUUUUUUAAUUUAGAAAGAUACAUUAAAAAAAUAAAAAUUAUUCAUCAGUGUCAAACAAAUAAACUGUAGCUGAUAUUUGAUAUUUACCCGGCAGAGCUGAAAGUUGAUCAUAAAUUCAAUUUUGCAGAACAGGCACCACCUUGUUUUACUCUGUGUGUAUGUGUGGAGGGGGUCUGUUUGCUGUUUGCGUCUGGCCUGUGGAUAUAUAAAAAUAAGGCUGAGGAUUUGUCAGCAUUAUGUGAAGUGAAGGUAUGUUGUUCUAGGAAUGUAUCUGUUCACAUUCAGAGACGCUGUGCAAUAAAGGC